AUGGGUUUCCCAGGUAGGAUUCACGGUUCCCCCGACGAAGGCCGCUAUAAGAGGCUGCGGAAUGAAGUCGAGAAGCCUGUGAGACCUCCAAGGCGAUGGCUGCGGAAGGUGAAGGGCAAGGUGAUAAUAUCCUUUCGCGUAUCGCCGUCCAGGAGAUUGAAAUGGAUGAGGUACAUCGUCGUGCCGAGAAGGGUUGCAGAAUUAUAUGCCGAGAUUGUGAAAACAAUGCGCAGGGAUGCAGUCUAUCCUACGAUCAUCUUCUCCUGCCAGUGGGGACUGCCGGUGCUCUCUCAUCCCACAGUUGGCAGUAGGAAGAGGGCGGUCUCCCUGCACAGAAAUCUCUCUUUCUCGUGA